GAGGGAGAGAGAGGGAGAGGGAGGGAGGGAGGGAGGGAGAGAGAGGAAGAGAGCACAAGGGAGUGUGAGUGAGACAAUCCAGGACUCACACUUUGGACUCACAGCAAGAGAGACUGGGAGACCGAUAGAAUGAGAGAGAGAGAGAGAGAGAGAGAGAGAGAGAGAGAGUGAGGGAAAAGAGACAAACUACAGACCCAUAAAAAUGUCUCUCGACAGCUUGUGAGGAAAGUGUUCUCCAACCUUUGGCUCUGACUGUUUUUUUUUUUUAAAAGCUCUCUUCUUCUCCUCUCCAGAACGUGUGGGAACUCCUUGCCUUCUUAUCUUGGGCUGGAAUAUUUCAAGCAAGGCUCUUUUUCAGUCUCUCGCCUUCAUUCUUUUCUGUAUUUUUUUUUUUUGCAAACUAGUGGGUGAACCAAAACUGGGACACUACUUGGCCGGGUGCGCUGACCAAAAGACCUGUCAUCACCGCUUGCCGGGGCGCAUCGCACGGAGCAUGAGAACCCCGCGGAACCCCCAGAAGAGCCCGUUCUAGUUCCACUUGAGGAAAGUUGUGCCAGGGUGACCCGAGGUGACGGCAGAAGGACUCGUACUCUUCCAGACCUGAACAAGCCUGACCCUCCAAAUCAUCCCCCUCUCCUCCUCUGCAUCAAAACUCACCGUCCGGCAAACAUUAUGGAUCUCCCCACUUUCAGAGGAUUUUCGGAUGUGCCGUGAUUGGCCAGAGCCUCGCCCCCCCUGCCCCUGCCUCUGGUGCCCAUCCUCGCCUCAGGAUGGAUCCAGCUCUGCUCCGAACGGACGGCGCCGAUGGCCCAGACAUCCAACAGGUGCUGUCCAUCAACCAGAUCCGCUGCAUCCGGGCCAACAACGACUACGUGGAUCGCCCGGUGGCUCUGGAGCCCGCCUCACAGUCCGGAAUCUUCUACGCCCAUGAUGACCGCCACCACUUCCACCACCACCACCACCACCACCACCACCAUCAGCACAGUCAUCCCCCUCACCCAGCGCAGUUGCUGUCGUCCUCUGCUCCUCCUCCGCCUGCUCAGAUCUCCCGCAGUCUGAGUGGACAGCAGCAGCAGCAGCAGCAGCAGCAGCAGCAGCACCUGGCUCACCUGAGCCGCUCCAGCACCGUCAGCAGCUCCAUGUCGCGGGGCAGCGGCGCCUCCGACACGAGACUCCUGGCGGGCCUCACGCCCUCCCACUCCUCUGGCCUGGCCUCUGUCUCGGGAUCCAUGGCGGUGGUGUCCCAGCCCAAGAGCGACUCCAACAAGAAGUCGGAUGCGCUGGGCAAGGCCGGUCUAGCCGGGCAGGGCCUGAGCGGGGAGGACCACCUGGGCCUGCACCUGUUCAUCUGUGAGCGCUGUGGCCGGUGCAAGUGUGGCGAGUGCGUGGCGCCCCGCGUGCUGCCAUCGUGCUGGGCUUGCGGCCAGCGCUGCCUGUGCUCGGCGGAGACCGCGGUGGAGUACGGCACGUGCCUGUGCUGCGUCAAGGGCCUCUUCUACCACUGCUCGGCCGAGGACGACGAGGACAACUGCGCCGACCGGCCGUGCGCCUGCACGCCUGCCCAUGCUUGCUCGCGCUGGGGCACCAUGGCACUGCUCGUGCCCUUCCUGCCUUGCCUCUGCUGCUACCCGCCCGCCAAGCUGUGCCUUGCCCUGUGCCAGCGUGGCUAUGACCGCGCCACUCGGCCGGGCUGUCGCUGCCGAAACACCAACACCGUGUGCCGCAAGAUCUCGUCUGCCGCGGCUGCUGCCGCAAAUCAGCCGCCACCUUUUCAAAAGUCCGUGGAGAAGCCGGUAUGACGAAGACGAACGAAUCAAACAACGUCUCCCUGAGUGCCCCCUUUAUGCCGUUACUAAUGUCGUCAUGGUUACCUUGUCCCUUCCAGACUUGGUUGACGAGGGAAAUCUGACCGAAAACUCUCCAGUCCGCCUGCCCCGCCCCCUUCUCUUGACAGACUAUCCCCCUCCUCCGACACGUGAGCGGUUGCCAUGCCACUAUGAAACCGAAGCACCGGAUUGAUGCUACCCUCUUUUUUAUUAGUUUUAAUUUGGUUCUCUUUUGUUUUGUUUGACUACACCUAUUUAUUUUUUUGAUUAUUUAUUUUUUUGCAGUUCUCAACAAAAAAUGGUUUCAGCAGAGCUGGUCUAUCAGAACAAAUGGCACAAAUCUGGGUGGAUGUAAGUCAGAAUAUGAAAUCUGAACCUCAGAAAGAGAUGGUGCUUUGUUGGGGACUCAACUAAAUGGCCCCGCACACCAAACGGUCCCCAUUACGCUUACAACUCUACAGACAUGUGUGUGUUGCCUGCCAUUUUGUCCCUAGAGAAGUUGGAAGAACACAAUAUCGGAGGGACCUACAAACUCAAUAGAGAGAUAAAAAAAACACAAAACACUUCACAGGUGAAACGGAUUUUGAUACCAAAUGAGAGAUGGAAGUAUGAUAAGACCCCAAUCUGAUAAGCUCAUAAACAUGUCGACACAAUGCAGUUUACGCGUGCUUCCAUUAGGACCAGGACAAAAUGAGAGAAAGGGGAGUGAGAAUGAAAGAAAGAGGGUAUAGAUGUACUGUGUGUGUGUGUGUGUGUGUG